GCCAGGCUGAAUCAGAGCACAGCGAGGGAGAGGAGCAGACAGGCAGGGAGCAGAGAGGGAGGGGAGACCGUCCCACUCGAGCGCAGAGAGAGACGCCGCACAGCCUCGCACACGUCCCCGCAGGGGAAGGAGGUGGAUUAUAACACGCAAAAACAGAAUCAAAGGGAAAAAGAAAGCAAGGACUAGGACAGGGGGCUUUACUGUUGGACCUCUUGUGAGUUCUGUAUUUUUCCCCUUUGGAAUGGGAUUGCUUUAGAGAGAAGGAGCAGGAGAGAAGGGUCCGGAGGAGACGCGGAUUGGGAUUCGGAAAGGGAGCUGCUGCCAUGGCGUGGGUUCCGCGGGCACACCUGGCAGGGGCGCUCUGGGUGCUGUGGACGUGGGCAGCUCUGUCCGUCGCCGGCAGGAAGCUGUGGGACGUCCCGACUGCCCCGCAGGCCCCUCGCAACACUACCACCACCAAGCUGCUCUGGGAGCCACAGUGCCUUUCUCAACUGCGCCACCUGCAGGACGGCGCCAGGAUCACAGCCCUCAUCCCCCCUCGGCUGGAGGGAAACUGGGUGUCCACCAGGUGUGAGGUUCGGCCCGGCCCGGAGUUCCUGACCCGGUUCUACACCUUCUACCCCAGCCGCCUCUUCAAGGCCCUGCAGUUCUACUACGAGGACGCCGGCUGCCGGACGCCCGCCUACUCGCUGGUGAUCAGGGGCAGGCUGCGGCUGCGCCAGGCCUCCUGGAUCACGCGCGGGGCCACCGAGGCCGAGCACCACCUGCUCAAAGUGGGCAUCGUGCUCCACAGCGCGCGGGCGCGGCGCCAGCUGGCGGGGCGGCUGGGCUCCUCCUGCCCCGGGAUGCUCCCCCCCGCGGGCGGGCGGCCCUGGGCCCCCGGCAGGGUGCUGGAGCUCCGCAGCGCCAGGGCGGGCCGGGACUGCCUGGAGGCGCUGGGCUUCUCCAUGCUGGAGCUGGGGCUGCUGAGGGUGGAGACGCGGCACCACGCCCACGGCCGGCUGGUGCAGGAGCUCUUCCUGGGCGACAUCCACACCGAGUGGGCGCAGCGCACCCACCACCGGCCCACCGGCUACCAGCAGCCCCUGCAGAAUGCCAUGCACCACGUCCACCCCUGCCCCGUGUGUGGCGCCGUGUACCGCUCCUCCGAGCACCGCCCCCCCGUGCUGCCCCCCCGGCCGCCGCCGCCCCUGGCCCUGGGGGGCCAGUGGGUGAGCCGGGAGUGCGAGGUGCGUCCGGCCGUGCUCUUCCUGACCCGCUUCUUCACCUUCCACGAGGACCGGCGCGCCUGGGAGGGCAGCUACCAGCACUACUCCGACCCGGCCUGCCGCCAGCCCACCUUCACCGUGCGCGCGGCCGGGCACUACGCCCGGGGGGCGCCCUCCGGCCUGGUGCAGGGGGCCACCGAGUUCGUCUUCAAGGUGACGCGGGCCAGCGUGACGGCGCUGGACCCGGCCAUGGCCAGGGCGCUCAGCUCGUCCCCGGAGGGCGCCUGCGGGCGGGCGGGCGGCUGGGGGGUGGGCGUGGAGCAGGACGUGACCCACACGGGCGGCUGCGCCCUUCUGGGCAUCAGGCUGCCGCACAAGGAGUACGAGCUCUUCAAGACCGAGCUGGACCACCGCCAGCGCCCCCUGCUGUUCAUCGGGGAGAGGCCCACCGACGGGUCCAGCCCGGACAGGCCCAGCAAGCGGCCCACCUCGUACCAGGCUCCGCUCAUCCAGUGCGCGGGGCCCCAGGCGGCUCCCCCUCCACGGCACAGCCCCCACCGCGCCCCUCCUCCGCCGCCUGUCCCUGCCAGCGGGGCUGCUGGCCUGCGGAGGCCGCCUGCCCUGGCCUGCUCCGCGGUGCUGGUGCUGGCCAGCUGGUGUGUCCAGACACGCUGACCCCCGGGGACUCCCUCUGUCGAAGGAGCUGUGAGAAAAUUCAGGGGUAGAGAUACUGUUUUUGGAGACGUGGGAGAUUCCUCUGUAUCAGGACCAAGCCAUCCAAACCCAUACUCCUAAGUUCCUUUCAUGACUUUUCAUAUACAGUUUAAAUCUUCAAACACAGAUCAAACACACAAACACAAUGAUAUUAUGUGAAGAGGUGUGUACAUCUCUCCUCCCCUCGGAUUCUAUGCCUUUUCCUGGUAUCUACCAGUCCCAAGUGAAGCCCCACCAAUGGUGAAAACCACUAUGCCAAAGGGCCAGUCUCCCGACAAGGGACACUGUUAAGCUAUUGGGAGUCCUUAGGAGUGAUGUCACCAUAACGGUCUCAUCCCAAGCUGAGUGCUGUUGCAGGGGCUUGGAAUCAGCCGGAGAGGGUUUGAGUUUGGAAAACAUGGACAGUCCCGGCCAUUUCAAGAUGGCAAGGCACUCAGGCUUUGUGAAGUGCCCGACUGUGACACUGUUGUACUUACGAGCUGGGAAGAAGGGAGAGAGCUGGAAAUGAAGGCUGUUGGUGUUGGGGAAGGCCAUGGCAGUGCUAGUUUUAACUCACUGGGUGGGGGAAGGGGAGGGGGGGAUGGAUGAAGAAGGGAGGGCAGUUCUUACCAAACAAAAUCCUUUAAAUAUUAAUAAUAACAUACAUUGUAAUUAAUAACUACUUUACACAUUUUAGCUCCAUUAAAUGUUACUCGGAGGUGCUGAUUCCUGUAUAGAAAAAAUUCAAAAUCAUGUUUUGAGUUUUUUUGGCAGAGGUUUCCAGAUAUUUUAUUAAUUAUUUAACCAGACAGCCAAUCUACCUAAGUUGAGAGACACUGUUGGCUUUCUUGCUGUCACAGUAGCAGUGCACUCGUAUUUAAACUCAAAGCAAUGACUGAGCAUACCUAUUCAAAUUGAUCAACAGUGGAUAUUUUACAUAAGUUCGAGAUCCUGACAAGCAGCUUUAAAUCUUGAAGAUAUUCUGUUUCUCUCCUCUACAUUGACACCUGCUGGUCAGAGCUGGGUACUGCAAUCCUUUCACCUUUUCCUGCACCACACAUCAUGUGGAUUCAUGUGUACUGCGCUAAUCUUUAGCCAGAUUAAAUCACAAUUUCAACCUACCUGACAAACACGUAUAACAAUGGGACUCACACAUGAUUUUGCCAGAAUUAAGUUACAAACCAAGUACUUAAAUUUGUAUCUUUGUAUAGAAAGAAGACUUUAAAAAAAAAAACUAACUCAUCUUUGGCAGUCACUCUUAAGUGUUUCAAGGGUUUAUAUAUUUCUUAAUACCUGUUAAACUGGACAGAACGUGGAACCGGCACAAACUGGGGGUUGGAGACUGAGGUGCAGGCUGAUCUGAGGAAUGGAGAGCCUGUGCAGAGCUCAGAAUCUACAGCACAGCCUGACACACAGCCCUCCUCUGAAGUGGGGGCCAAAUGGUGCAAACCCAGCAUGGGAUUAAGCCAGAAUGCCAGGGGCUGACAGCCGAACUCUCCCGAACAGUGCUCUGGGGUCUUCACACCGAAGCCCUGGCUACGUGGCCAUUAAUGUUUCAUCUGCUGGACAGAACCUCCAACAGCACAGUGACCCCCAGCCACCUUACUGUGGUAAUGGUCCAUUCUGGUUCAGCAAGAAGAGCGUCCCCUACUGGUCCACCAACACCACACCCAGCAGCAAGCAGCUCUCCCACCCAGUACUGACCAGGCCCAGAGAUCGUCCAAGCAGACGGCCGGACACUGCCCAUGCAGUCCAGCUCCCCGAGCUCUGUGACGACUCCUCACGUUGCCGUCCAGGACUUGUUGCAACACACCUGGCAGGCAAUGGACUUAUUUAUUAUCCAGAUCUUAAAAGAAAUAGCGACAGGCUUCAACCCCAACGAGAUAUGUUAUAGUAGCUAAUGCAUUAAAUUUGUAGAGAGCUUGCCAAAUUUUUUUUCAUUCAUCUUUUCAUAGUUUAUGUUAUUACUGCUUUUUUGCGGGUCUUUUGCAUUUCUUCAUUUCGAUUUUUUUUUUUAUAUGAAAAAUAUUAAAAGUAUGUUU